AUGACCAAGCAUCUCUGGAAUUGCGAUACAUCCUGGCGAUGUGUCCAGGCAUUGGCGGUGAUCCUGACCAUCCUGCUGUUGCCCGGUUCAGAUGGUGCACUGGACCCCGGCAUCGAUCUGCUAGAAGCACUAAAUCUACAUUCAAACUUAUCCCAAUACCCAGGAGUAGAGAUUUUCCCAUCGACAAGAAUUUUUCGUUUGACAGGAUCCAAUCGAAAUCUUGUUCUUCCGGCUGCGGCUUUUCACCGGGCAGUGGAAGAGAUAAAAAAAUCAUCAGAAUUUACAUUUUCUGCUGUAGUAAAGCAAGAAGAAUCUAACAUUGGGACCAUAGUAUCCUUUUCCAACGGAAACAAUAGGUAUUUAGAAUUACAAUCAAGUGGAAGACGUGACGAAAUACGUUUUCAUUACACACACAUAACAGCAGCGGGUGAAACGGAUAUAAAAGUGGAAACGUUUCCGUAUCGACUUGCGGACGAUACCGAGCACAAGGUGUCACUAACGGUCAGCGGCACCGAAAUGCAACUUUUCAUCGACUGCCAUCCACUGUAUAAGCGAGUGACGAAGUUUUUACCAGAUAGAAAUUUUAGUGCUUCCAAUAUGCAAUUAUUCGUCGGACAAAGUAACUCUAAUAGUCAUUAUUUAUUUAAGGGUGAGCUAAAAGAUGUUCGUCUUAUCACCAGCUCUUACGGUUAUUUAUCACAAUGUGAGUUAAUGGAUGCACAAUGUCCUACUUGUGGACAAUUUUUAGAAUUAGAGAACGCUUUAUUAGAAUUAAAACAAACGAUGUCGCUGUUAACAAAAAGGCUAGUGGAGGCGGAGAAGCGUGUCUCAUAUAUUGAAGAAUGUGAUUGUAAAAAAUCAUGUUUAAUAAAUGGUACAACUAAAAAUGACGGAGAAGUCUGGAAUGUAGGUUGCAGUCGAUGUGAGUGCAAACAAGGCGAAGUUAAGUGUGGUCCAAGACCAUGUCCUGCAGUUAAAUGUAAACAUCCAGUAUUAAAAGAGGGCGAGUGUUGCCCCGUAUGUUUAAAGAGCUGUUACAUAACAAAAAAGGAUUUUGAACACGGUGAAAUCCAAAUAUUAGGCUGUAGAAACUGUUCGUGUGUAGACGGUAAUAUGCACUGUGAAUUCCUACAAUGUCCAGAGUUGAAGUGUCCACCAGAACAACAGAUGUCGGUGACUGAUGAAUGCUGUAAAUUUUGUCAAGAUAAUCCACCUAGGCGAAAAGAUACUACAUCUAGGCGGCCACAUAAGCGACCGCAUGGUGGUAGUGGCGGCAACGGUGGUAGGAGGCAGCAUCACAAGAAUUCUACUCACAGAAACAGAAACGGAAAGAAAAAGAAGCACGAACAGGCAGUGCAAUUACAAGUUGCAGAAGACGUGGACGAGUGUGCUCAACAAGGUGGUCUUAAUGGUAAUCACUGUCAUUUGAUGAAUACGCGUUGUGUGAAUACUUUUGGAUCAUACGUGUGCGAGUGUUUGCCUGGCUAUCGCCGACAGAACAAAUUUAGUUGCGUUGAGGUGGACGAAUGCAAAUCGGGAGAGCACAGAUGCCACGAGUAUGCAGACUGUACCAACACGCUAGGAUCUUACAAUUGCACGUGCAAGAAAGGAUACACUGGCGAUGGACAUGACUGCAAGCCUAUCUGCAAUCAAACUUGUUUGAACGGUGGAGAAUGCCGAGCUCCAGGGAUUUGCUCCUGCCGUCCCGGGUAUGUGGGGGACUCGUGUGAACGAGAUCUGGAUGAGUGUGCGACCGGUCUCCAUCGUUGUAAGGAGACAACAGACUGUGUUAACAUGCCAGGCUGGUACUUCUGCAAGUGUAAGCCUGGUUUUGAAACCAAAGGCAGAGAGUGUGUAGAUAUAGAUGAGUGCGCUCUGAACACCCACAGCUGUCAUCAGUCUGCUUUGUGUGUUAAUACAGAAGGUCACUUUGAAUGUCAAUGUCCGCCCGACAGUGGUCCAGAAUGUAGGUUAAGCUGCAUGUUUGAGGAUCGCGAAUUAAAGGACGGCGAGAGGGUUUCUCCAAACAACGCUCCGUGCAAGGAGUGCACUUGCUCCAAAGGAGUAGUCAGUUGUGUCGAACCAUCGUGCAAUUGUUCUACUUGGCGGCCCGGUGUCAUGAGUGAGCUGUGUUGUCCUCAGUGUGACCCGAAGCAAUCCUGCCAGCAUCAGGAAUUAAACCAGGUUACAUUUCGCAGUGGAGAACAGUGGAUCUACCAAUGUCAGACGUGUGAAUGUUUGUACGGAGAAUUUGACUGCUGGAAACUUGAAUGUCCACCACUCUCUUGUGAUAAUCCUGUGCCGGCCGGACCGGCUGGUUGUUGUCCCCGAUGCCCUGAUGAUAUAUGUGGGUUCCAGAACGUUACCAAUAUAUCGCCCUCUACCACAGCGCUUGCAGGCGUGGGCAGCUCUUGCUUGUACGAGAAGCAUAUCUACGCAUCUGGACAGACAUUCAAGUAUCCGUCCAGAGACUGCACCACCUGCUCCUGUAAGGUCCCCUACUGUGCCCAACUGAACGGGAAAAUCACCUGUCGUUACAACGAUAAUUGUACUGAUGCUGACAAUAGCGGUCCACUUCGAGUGGUGCAAGACUAUGAUGCGAACGAUCAGCUUCAGUUUAUCGUUGCUAGUUAUAAACCAUCGCAAACAACGACCGCAAAGAUGGUCGCCCGGCAGCACCAACAACAUCACCUUUACCAUCUCGAUGAAACCGGAGCAGAAGGUUCUGCUACGCAGGCUAUCACCAGCGCCAGCAGCACUCGAAUUGGCCGGAGUAGUAAAUCUAUAUCAUCCGGAAUGCAGGAAACAAGUCCUAUCGGAACAUUUGGCACAAAUAUUCGUCAAGCUCCAGGAUCACCAGCAGCACCAGCAAGAGCAGCGGAGUUUAAGGGUACAAUCAGCGGUGCCUCACUUGAGGAAAGCAACAGUAGUCUUCAACAAAAUGCUACUUCUACCAUGUCUGCAAAAUCGGUUGGAGCGGAUGAAGCGAUGGUCACUCCAACAACACCAACAGUUAACAGUGGCACCACCGAUCGAGCUGAUUUUAUGUUUCCUAGCAGUUUGCCUGCUCUACAAGAAUCGGCUUCACUCUCGAGCACAAAAGGUUCCGCAAAGCAGAAACAACAACUCAGUCCCGUUGCGGUUGCCGCUGACCCGGAGGCUCCGGAUCAUAGCGUGCAUGGCAGAACAAAUAAUUUGCGAGAAGAGAGCUCAUUUGCAACACAACGAUCUUCAACGCCAAUAGCAGUCAUGUCGAGAACACUAACUGCAGUUACGAAAACACGACUUAAACGAUCACUUUUGCAGGUGUUGCCAUCGAGCACCGUAGACUAUGCUAGUGUAGCCUCAAGCAAACGCAGAGAAAAACGCAGUGAAAGAGGUUAA